AUGACGUUCUCUGGAAAUACGAAGGAGAGUAAACCGCGACCCGUGAAAGAUGCAUGGGAAUCAGAGUUGGAGUACGGCUGGUCGCGUAGCGGACAGCGCUGUGUGAGGCACCGUGCACCGGAGUCGACGCUCUCAGUAAGCAGUGACAUCAGGUUCACGCGGCGCAAACUCAGUCGGCCAUGCCGAGGUUGCUGCGCUGCUCUCGCUUCGCUCCUCGUUCUACUACUCCUUGCAGCAGUCGCCGUAUAUUUAGGGCACAUGUACCUGUUUGGAGACCCACUUAACCGGCAGACAUUCCUGGGUUCAUUUGUUGUAUCUUCGUGGGGAUCUGAUGAAAGUGAAGGUGAAAAGUUCAAUGACCUUGAACUCAAGGGCAACCGGACAAGGGAAAACGAACUACAGCAGGCGCUAUUCAAUGUAUACCUAAACUCAGAGCUGAAAUCUUGUUUCGUAUCCGCAGACAUAUUAGCCUUGGACAGUUCAGAGGAAGGCAUUCGUGUACACUUCGAGGUUUCUUUCGAGCCGAUCUUCACCGCAGUGAGCACGUCAGAGGUGACAGCCGUUCUCGCGCGAGCAUUACACACUCCUACCGAUCAUUUUAAGACGAUUAUUGUUUUGCCAGAGACGCUUCAUAUUGAGGAAAGUUCAGUAAUAUCUUCGCUGGAGCUAAAGGAUACUGAAACUACUCCUAUCGAAGCACCGACAACGGAGGCUGUAACUGUAGAGGCGGUUGAAGAGAUCCGCGAAUGUUCGCUGGUGUCUCUUUCCUUGUGCUCUCACCUAACUCACAAUAGCACGUCUUAUCCGAAUUUGGUGGGACAUUCUUCUAAGGAUGUUCUGAUGCGUGAUCUCGUCGCGUUCCGGGAACUCCUUGAUGCAGAAUGUUCUAAUCUUGCACAGGAUUUCGUGUGUCAAAUGCUUCAACCAAGGUGUCACAAAGAUCGCCUGAUACGACCAUGUCGUGCAUACUGUCGCGCUUUUCACGCGGGUUGCGGUGCCCGCCUGCCGGAGCGCCUGCGACCACAUUUCGACUGCGGUAGAUUUCCCGACUACUUCGGCCUAGAUUCCUGUGUACCCGAACCAGAUUGUACCAACAGUCUCCAGCGCCUGGCUCUGUCUCGUCGUGAAUGUGACGGCAUCCCUGACUGUGCUAGUGCGGAGGACGAGCGUGGUUGUGCUCAUUGCGCGCCUGGUCGGGGUGGCGGACUGCGGUGCGCAUUGCAUACACGCUGUCUACCGGCACAUUUGCGAUGCGAUGGCACGCCUGACUGUCCCGACGGGAGCGACGAAGCAGGGUGUUUAUGGAUCGCGCGCUCGCUGGCUUCAUGGAGAAGAGAAAAUAGCGAAACAACACUGGGUGCUAUACGCAACCGUGCUGGGUACGCCGUGUGGUCGGAGAGAGGACGUAACGGCAAAAUAUGUGCAUCACCUUAUGAGCAAGACAAACGAGCUUUGAAUAGCGUCUCAGCAUCGCUCUGCAAGGCUCUGACAUUCAAGGCGGCCUUAAAUGCAGAGGUGGUACUAGAUGCUGAAGAUGCAGUUCAGAGUGAUAACUCGGACAACUUAAUUGAAAAACCAGAAUAUGUUGAAAUUGUAGAUCCAUUCGCUCCAGAAAUUUCUUUUGUGAAAAGUGACUGUCCAGACAGAAAAGUUAUAAGAGUAAUUUGUGAUCAGUUAGAAUGUGGAGUCCCAUCUGCCCGAAUAUCUAAGGUGACAAGUGGGGUGGAGGGAUUGCCUCGCUCGGCGCUACCGGGCGAUUGGCCAUGGCAUGCUGCAUUACUGAGGACUUACGUACAUGCCUGCGAUGCUGCUCUUAUACACCCAUCUUGGCUUAUCACCACUGCAUCUUGUUUUCAGGGACAACCCAAGGCUGAAUGGACAGCAAGAUUCGGGACAGUGCGCGCACAAAGCACGACUCCUUGGCAGCAAGAAAGACGAAUAGUUGGCAUGGUGCGUUCCCCGGUAGAGGGUAGUAUGCUCGCGUUAGUGCGACUGGAGGAACCGGUGGAGAUGACGGACUUUGUGAGACCAAUUUGUCUUCCUGAAAACGGUGUUGAACCUGCCACACGGAGUGUAUGUAACACCUUGGGGUGGACCAGAAAUAGAGACCAACUACAAAGAGUACACUUGGUCACAAGUCCAAUGAACACAUGUGAAAAUGUGAGCAUAGCCACUGCGAACGGAAUUUGCGCUGAACCUUUGUAUGAUCAGGAUGACUGUGAUGAAGAAGAAUAUGCAGGAAGUACAAUGAUGUGUUUUAACGAGAAAACUAAACAGUGGUCGCUAGAGGGAGCUGGAUUCAGAAGCGCUGCAUUGGAGUUUUCUAUGAUUAACUGGAGAGUCGGGGAAGUAAACUUUUACAACACAUUUAAAAAACGACAAGCUCACGACAUUGUCGAGGAAAAGAUUAGAAAAUACGCAGCAACCACAUAA